GGGGACAGCACCCUGCAGCCAUUGAGUCGAGAGCUCCAUCCACGCGACACUCCAUCCAUCAACCGACAGCAAGCCAGUUGUCAACGCUUCCUCACACUCCUUCCAAGCUCACCACCAGCCCAGACGCUUGACUUUACUCUUCUCAAUUCUUCUGAAAUAUCCCGUUCUGUACACGUUUAAUCGUCCUCUGUCAAAAUGUCUUCUCCUCGCCCCGCGUCCCCGGUGAACUCCCCACCCGCCUCCGGCCAGUCCACUGCCCGCCCUGACUCUCCUCCUCCACCGGGCGGAGCCCGCGCCGUCAUCCGCAGGCGCGCCGCCGCCGACCAGAAGGAGAAGAUCGCCAAUGCCAGGCCCAACAGCACACGCUCGGCUGGGGCCGGUGGCAGCAGCUCGACGAUGCUGAGGCUUUACACCGAUGAGUCUCCCGGUCUCAAGGUUGACCCUGUGGUCGUGCUGGUAUUGUCUCUGGUCUUCAUCUUCUCUGUCGUUGCUCUUCACAUUAUCGCAAAGAUCACGCGAAAAUUCUCGAGCUAAACGGUCGGCAAUGGGACAUUCGUGGGCAAUGGACAGGCGGUCCUCUACAACAAUUGCAUGAGACGAGGAUAUAUGAAGCAUCAUCGCUAGCUGGACGAAAUCGGCCUCGAUCAGGCAACAUCGCUAGAUAUGAGGGAAACACGCCACUUUAUUCUGCAGCAAUAAUGCGGCCGAACACCCUCCCUAGCACGAGAUAUUUAUUUUAGUAGGCGUCAGAAGGGAUGUGUUGAAUUGGAACAGCACUUGGGAAUGAUACCGAACCACAUCGCAACAUUGAAAGCAUCGACGGACCUGCAAUGGUGACAUGUGGCUCGUGGAGUAGAAGAAAGGAGCCUUCGCGAGCUGUGAUGCGCGAACCUCUGCGAGUCUCGGUGCUGUUGUCUAUUUCCACAAAUAUAUUCAAUGCCCUCAUCUCUGUGAUUUCCAAAUGCAGUCGAAAGAGAAAUGCCCCAAUAUGAUACGGGCGUGGGCAUCGUUGAUACAUCAUGGCUGACCCGGCGGAUGUAGAAUUUGAAUGUUCAAAGGGCCGCCGGAGCGUUGCAACCAGCAGCCUCAUCCUUGGCCGUAGCACGGUGCGGUCCGACGGGUUCGGCUUACAUGUGGUCACCCAAGAUGUAGCACAUAGUGAUCAUCGCAGAUGCGUACGGGGCUACAAGAUAAGCCCGCCCGUCUGUUCCCGAGUAUGAUUAGAGCAGCGAGGAUUGAUUUUCGUGCAGUCAAAGCAUGAUCAGCCAGCCAGAGGAGCCCGGAGACCUGGGAGCGUAUAUUGCGCAAAUACGUUCGUAUACGGAGCCGGAUAAUUGGC